UCGUCAACACUUACAGCUGAUUGCAGUUAAUACGUUUUGAUUGUUACUUCGUCGUUAGUUUCACAAAUCAAACUCAGCUCGGUUAUGUGAAGACUCCAAAGUUAUAGUCCGUUUUGAAGGAAAAGAACAUCCGAGAAUUAUGACAACGACGACAAGUGAUUUUUCAGCAAUGAUAGAUUUGUCGAAUUAUGAUUGCUUUCGAGUGAAGGAAAGUCCAGACCAAACCAAAUACGAACUCUUUUCCAUUUUACGCUCGGAUAAUUGCGACUUACAACUACUAAGGACUAAGCUCUGGGAAAAUUUUGGCAUACCAAUCGACAGAUGUAUUUCUUAUUUUGAUGAAGAUGACGAUCAGGUUCCAAUUAAUUUGGAAUGCGAAUUUGAGGCAGCAUUACAGCUAACAAGAAAGGCUACUACUUUAGAUACAACAAUUCUUUUGAUUGUUGGUAAUUUUUCUGCAAAUAAUUUAUAUUGGAAAAUGUCACCAAAUGAACAUAAAUUUCAAACGGAAAUUUUUAAAGAACUGAAUGCUUCAGUUCUUCGUUAUUGGCAUUCUUCGUCGCCUCCUUUAUGGUUUACAACUUACAUGGAAUCGAUGAAGAAAGACAUAGUGGCCACCAUUACCAGUCAAGUGCUGAAAGACGCAACAGAGAUAUUAAAUAAACGCUUGUUAGAUAUGCUUGUUCUUUCAAAAGAUCAUUCUUCUAUUUUCAAUGAAAAUAAUGAAAAGAAACCAAAAUCUCAAGAUGACGAAUCAAGUAACGUUUACGCCUCAGUUAAACCUGUAAACGAGUCAAUCAACACGAAUACUGAAGAUGAUUCGCAGAUAAGAGAAAUAUCGACGCUUUCAUGGGAAAUAUUUCGAAAAACCUAUAAAACUCAAAACAUGGCACGAUUAAUAGCAGAAGAUAUGAGAAUUCUGCAUCAGUUGCAAAUGGAGCUGUAUACGAAACUGGAACUAUAUCGGUGCUUUGAGAAAACAGUUGAUGAGCAUCAACUCUCUCAAAUAACCACUGACAAUUUAGAUAGCAAUUCCAACAAGAUUGGACAAGAAAAUUUAUCAACAGAACCGACCAGUGAGAAGAGUUUCUCUAACACUAUGAACAUAUUGAAAACUGAGAACGAACUUCGCAUGAGUUGCUCCAUCACCGGACAUCAGAUGAUGGACGAGAAUCGUAAUAGCAAAGAUAUAUCGCGUUGCAACAGAAACUUGUCGGAUGAAGAAAAAGAGAAAGAAGAUGAAUCUUUUGAGAUCAUUCAGAUGCCUGACUCGGAAAUCUCAAGAGAAUUAUUUGUAAAACGUGAAGAGUCUCAACACAAUAGCAGUCGGGACUCACCAAGUUUUGAGCUUGUGUCUGAAACUUCUUCUACUCGUGUCUCACCGCCAUGCUCUAUAUAUAUGAACGAAGAUCACUUUUCGACGUUCGAAGAAGAGCACUUAUGCACACCUGUGUGUAAAUUGCGCCAUUUGAUGGAUUUUCAUAACCAUCUCUUGGGGCGACGAUUCGAUCCUCAUUGCUACUAUUCAAUGACGGCUCUUAAACUUUAUUCUACAAUGACAUGUCCUUCGAAGUUGUUAGAUGUCAAGCAAUCGGAAGAACGGAAAACUCCUCAAUCUCUCAAAUGUCCGAUGAACAAAUGUAUGAACUACGGUGCACACGACGACAUGAAGGAUUCUCAUGCAAGUUAUCUGAGCGUACCAUCUUACUGCGGUUCGGAGACGCAAUCGCAAUGCAGCGUUCAGUCACAUCCCUCGAAUGAUGUUACGCAAAGUUUCCAUUCGCAUACCACGUCGAUCACCGACGCAACUGUUCAUGUCGAACCAUGGAAUAUGUUUAGGUAUCGUCAUGCGCAAAAUAAGAUAGAACAUUCAAUAGUCAAUGAAGAUGUACAAACAGCAACGAAAGACAAUCGUGACGCACCAUCCUGUGGCAUGUGUUGGCGUUGUCUAUUAACAGUGGUUGCCCCGUACACAUGCGGUAACAAAGAAUGUGUCGAUUGUAAUUACAACUUGCCGGAAAUCCUUGAAAAAUACUUCUCAGAUAAUAUUAUUCCUUGCACGUCACAUAAUAAUAUUGCGCAAAGUGAAUCUGACCGACCAAACGAGUCUUCUGAAAAAUCAAAAACGCUGUUCAUUAACGAACUAAACGAGCUAAGCACCGUUGAUCCAGUCCACAUCCUACCGGAAACGUUGGUUACUGCGGCAACGCAAGUCGGAUGUUUCGCUUACGACACCGCGCGCGAAAUGUUCGAUAAACUACGAGCACACACGAAAGAAGAACCUGUUAAACGUCGAGACGAGACAAAGUGCGACAAUAGAAAAUCACGAAUAAAAACGGAAUAAAAAAACUGUUAAGCAUCCGAACGAAAUGAAAUGCGAUAAAAGAAAGUUCUUUUUGAUCACUUGUAAUUUACUGUAAAUUAAUAAGUUAACUAUUCACAAUUUUUCUCUUUGUAGUUAAUGUUUUAGAUGACGAAUAAACACUAGGAUUGUAAAAUAAGAUUUAGAUGAGCGAUUUAUAUUUAAUUAAUUAAAUAUCUGAUUACCUAAUUAUUUAACUUUAAAUACUAUAAUUCGAGUAUUGUAAAUUAGUCAAAUAAAGUAUAUAUAUAUAUAUAUAUAUUAUAUUAGU